CCGCGCUCCGCGUUUACACGGCGGCGCCUUUUUGUUGAUGGCGCUGGCAGACGAGCCGGGGGAGGUGGGCUCCGCCGCCGCGGGGUAUAAAAGCAGCCCAGGGCAGGGUGAGGAGUGGCGAGGCGGUGGCAGGAGCUGUGUGGCGGAGCAUGGAGGUCGGCGGGGUGCGCUGCGGCUGCCCCCGGGGCUUCUCGUCCCUCUCUUCCCCUUCGUCCCCACCGCGCUGCCGCCGCCGCCAUCACAGCGGCCCGGCCCUCACGGCCCUGCCCUCGCCCCGCAGCCCCGCGCCCUUCUGGAGGCCCUGGCUGCCCGGCCCCGCUGUGCCUCGCAGCCCCUGCGGGCUGGCGCAAGGCUCCCGCAAGCUGGCGCAGUACGCGCACCCCGUCAGACUAUUUUGGCCCAAAUCGAGGUGCUAUGAUUACUUAUAUCAGGAAGCUGAAGCACUUCUGAAAAACUUUCCAGUUCAAGCUACAAUUUCCUUUUAUGAAGACUCGGACAGUGAAGAUGAUGAAGAUGACCUGGAACAAGACUCAAGAACAGAAUCAGACUGCUGACUGCAAGAAAGGCCAACCAAGGAUACUUAUAAGAUUUAAUUUAAGCUUAAUAUAAAAAUGUAUUAUAGUAUUUUUAAAGAUAAUUUAUUUGUAUGUAAGUUAUUCUUAAUAAAAUUGGUAUGUUUUGUA